GAAAAAUUAAAAAAAAAGUGUAAUCGAAAGAAUCAGAAGAAGAAAGAAAGAAAGGCUGUGGCUCUGAGCCGGCGAUAAAUCACUUUUGUCAUCCCUAAAAAUUUCAUGUCCAUCUUGCCUCCUACGCAUAUCCAAGGUCACCAAUCUUCUCCUCCUUCUUCGAAUUCGACGCUAAACCCUAGCUCUGAGCAUGGCAACAACUCUCUUGUCUCUCCUCCUCCUUCCUCUGCAAUUGGAUCCCUCAGCGGCUCCGGAUCUUCUUUCCCCCCUGCUGAUGGUUUCUCAAGUGGCUCUCGCGACCCGAUUGCUGCAGCUGAGGAGGAACAUAGCCGUGGAGCUUCCCAAGAGAUAACGCAAAUUGGAGCAGGGAAGGAAAGUUUAUCCCCACCUAAUGCAGAAAGACAUGACCAUCUUCGAUAUGAUAGUCGAAGAAAUAGGUCGAGAGGGAGAAAUACCCGAGCUGCUACUGCUUCUUCUUCUCAAAUGCAGCACAACACUACCGGACCCUCUCAGAGAGUCGUCUCGCAUCACAAUCCUACUGGUAGACGAGCCAAUACAAUCAGCGGCAACCAUUUACUGAACUUUCAGUAUGAUCCUAUCUCUCCCCCACAGUCUAGGGCCCCUCCUCCACCUCAGAGAAGGCAAAUGCACAAGAGGAGGCCUUAUAACAAGGACUUGUUUCUCCAGGCGAAUUACAAGUUUGUUGUGUUGGACACUGGUGACCAUUCUCCUGACUCCAUGGAUCCUGAUAAGACCCUGCAGUGGGAUAACAUCAUCUGCGUGAGGUACUCCACUCCUUCUCCUGUGCAGUGUCCUAUCUGCUUGGAGUAUCCUCUCUGUCCGCAGAUAACCUCCUGUGGGCAUAUCUUCUGCUUCCCGUGUGUUCUGCAGUAUCUUCUCAUUGGCGAGGAGAAUCACAAGUCGGAGUGCUUUAAGAGGUGUCCUCUGUGCUUUGUGAUGAUAUCUCCUAGAGAGUUGUACACGGUUUAUAUCGAGAACGUGAAGGAGUACUCUGUUGGAGAUCCUAUAGAGUUUAUACUUUUGACUCGGAAGAAGGACUCUUUUGCACCAACUAGGAAGAAUGAGAGUGACUUGGAUGCUCCUGAUCCGUUUUCGAAGUUCACGUUCACGCAAGAUGUUGAUCUCUCUGUCAGACAAGCAGUUUCGGAGUUGGACGGUUGGAUUGCAAGAGCAGAUCCUGGGCUUGUGGAGGACUUGGAGAAGCACCUUUAUGUGAAUGCUGCUUUGGAGCGUUUGGAGGAGAGGAAGUUGUACUGGAAGGAGCAGAGGCUCUCUAACUGCUGCAAAUCAAACACGAAGGCUAGGAAUCAUGUACCUUCAUCCUCCUCGCCUCCUGAUGUUUCUCGAGUUGGUUAUCAAGCGCCUAGCAGCUCCAACGAUCAAGAUAAAUCAACUGAAGAUUCUUCGGUUGGUAAGUCGGAUGAGGAAUCUCAGUCUAGUUUGGAAAAGAGUUGUGAUAAUGGUCACUCUCUUGUAGACAAGGAUGCACUGUUAUUGUCUUCCUCACACAAUGGGAGUAAAAAGCCCCUUUUGCACCAUAAUGACAGCAAAGACCUGAAGGACAACGAUGAUGCAUACAACUUUUACCAGUCCGUUGAUGGGCAGCAUAUUAUUCUCCACUCUUUGAAUAUGAAAUGCCUUCUGCACCAUUAUGGAAGCAAUGACUUCCUUCCAACAAGAGUGAGUGGGAAGAUAGUGGAAAUGGAGACUGUAACCCAAUCAGAAGCGAUAAGGAGACGAUACCGCUUCUUGAGUCAUUUUUCUUUAACAACUACAUUUCAGAUAUGUGAGAUUGAUAUGAGGGACUCAUUACCUCCUGAAGCAUUUGCUCCGUUUAUGGAUGAAAUCAAGAAGCGUGAGAAGCAGAGGAAAGAACGUGCUAGGAAGGAGCGAAAAGAUAAAAUAAAAGCUGAAGUAGCUGCAGCUGCAGAGCUUGCACCAUUGAUGGCCAGUUUUGGGCAGUUUUAUCAUGACGACGAUCCUUCAUUUUCCUUGGAUGAUUUUGAAGCCCUUGGAAACUCUGCAGCCCCAGUAGUAUCGUCAAGCCCUCCAAACAUUGGAGAGAGAAGUUCCUUCUCACACGUGACAAGGCUCGGUUUUGCAGCUGGCCACGACUCUCCAAACCUAAAUAAUGAACCAACAAACGUUCAAAGCAGCAGCAGCAGUGAAGUCACAAAUGCAACCACAGGUGCAAGAAACACAAACACAACAUCGUUCGCUAGUGUGACAUCAAGAACACCAACGGCACCUGUAGCCAUCAAAGAGCCAGGAAAGAGAGGGAAGAAACAGAGCAGGGUGCUUCUGUCUACAACCAGUGUACGUCGCUAUUGAAAGGUUUGUGUAUGUAUAAGCUUUGCUUCUAAGAAAAAAUGAAUAAAGAAAGAAAGAACCUGUGUGGUGCGCAAGUACAACUCAAAACUUUGGCUUUGUUUUUUGGAAUCCAUGUAACUGAUAAUGAAGGUGUAGCAUAGUUUACACCAUUUAAGACAGAACUAUAAGUUAUGAUUCUGCUGACUCGGAUAACAACAGAAAGCUCCAAAAGGGUUGGAUAAAAUAUCUUGUAUAUUCCAUGAAUA